AUGAUGCGAGAGAGGCGUGGAGACAAGCCGAAGGCGGGAGACGCGGCAGCGCCAGCAGAUGCGACGCCGAGCGCGCAGAAGAGCACGGAUGCCGUCAAGGUGAGGGGCGGCAAGGAAUCGAGGCAGCUCUCUACAUCGUUCUCGGAUCUGGUGCUAGCCGUGUCGUGCUUCUACGUCACGUACGAGCUGGUCGAGAUGCAGGGCCGCAAGCGAUUUCUCAACCCCAAUUCGCAUGAAUACGCCGAGGGGCUGCUGCAGCACCUGCUGGUCAAGGGCGAGGCCAGGCUCUACGCGUCCAUCGCGUUCCUCCUCAUCGGCAUUGCCGCUUCUUUCGGCGUGCUUCGGUUCGCUCGUGUAGCGUCUGCGAUUGCGCCCCACGAAUUCUUCACCAACCUGGCCCUCUUCCUCUCCACCCCUCUGCUCGGCCUAUGUGCCUACACCUACCUCCCGCUCACCACGUUCAACUUGUCGAGGCACGACUUCCUCUUCUUCGGCUUCCUCUUCCUCCUCUUCAACUUCUUCGUCUUCUACGGCCUCAUGUCAUCGUCGAAGCAGCUCUACACCUUGGUCACUGGCGCUCUCGCCAUGCUGGCCAUCAUCUACCUCGGCAUUCUGUACAUCGUCAAGAAUCCUGCCUACACCAUCGACGGCAAGUACCUCAUCGCCGGCAGCGUCCUCUACAUCCUCUCGGGAACAGUCAUCGGCUCGACAGGACACUACUUCGGUCUCAUCCCGCGUGUGGACAUCUUCCACUACGCCCUGGCCAUCGCCAACCUUCUUAUCGCUCGCGCCUACAACGAGAUCUUCGACUGA